AACUGAUGAAAGCGGAUCCCCUGCCCCCGUUCCCUCUCCCACAUGGCAUCGGAGGUUGCUCUGAACCCUCUUCAGGUCAUGGUCCCUGCCCUGCUGCUGGGCUCCAGCUUCGGUUCCGCAGCCGCCCUCCAGCCCAGCUGCCUCUCAGCUCAGUUCAGAAGGCCUGGGGAUUACAUCCUAGGAGGCUUGUUCCCUUUUGGAAAGAACACCGUAAACCUGACGGCACGAUCAGAGCCCACGCUAGUGGUGUGUGAAAGGUUGUUUAUAGAUGGGCUCAUCUGGGCUCUUGGGAUGAAGUUCGCUAUUGAUCAGAUCAACAAUUCCACCUCACUUCUCCCAGGCGUAAAGCUGGGCUACGAGAUGUACGACACCUGUUCCGAGCCGGUGGUGGCCCUGCAGCCCAGCUUGCUCUUUCUGACCCGGAACGGCACCACGGGCAUCGGAGUUCAGUGCGACUACACCGACUAUCAGCCUCGCGUGGCUGCUGUCAUCGGGCCCCAUAAGUCAGAUCUCUGCCUGGUCACUGCCAAACUCUUCAGCAGCUUCUUGAUCCCGCAGGUCAGCUACGCAGCCAGCAGCGAGAAGCUCAGCAACGCAGAGUUGUACCCAUCCUUCUACCGUACCGUUCCCAGUGAUAAGAACUUGGUGGAAGCUGUCGUCCAGCUACUGAACAAGUUUGGAUGGAACUGGAUUGCCAGCAUUGGAAGCGAUGAUGAAUAUGGCCGAGGAGCCCAGGAGCUCUUCUUAAGCAUAGCUGGAAAUCACAGCAUCUGCAUAGCAUUUGAGGGGCUAAUUCCUACAGACCUUUCAGACCCCAAAGCCAAAGACCAACUGGAAGAGACCAUUACGUCAAUUAACAGGACCAAAGUCAACAUCAUUGUCCUUUUUAGUUUUAAUCAGCCAGCCCAGGCCUUUCUGGAACACAGCAUCAGGAUGGGACUGAGCAAGAAAGUCUGGAUUGGCACCGAAGCCUGGAUGUUUUCCGAUGUUGCUGCCUACAUCCCAAAUAUUCAGAGCAUUGGGACAGUCUUAGGCUUUGUUAUGAAAGUAGACAAUGUCCCGGGCUUCCAGGAAUACGUUGCUGACCUCUUUGCCUCUGUUCAGCAGGAUAAUUUUUGCCAGGAGUCUAGAAAGCUCAGUGACCUCAUGAGCUCAGACAUGCUGGGCACGCAGUGCUCGGAGUGCGACCACAUCUCGCUGCAGGACGUCGUGCCCAUUCUGAGCCGCUCACAAAUACAACCGGUGCACGUGGCAGUCUACAGCGUGGCUUACGCGCUGCACAGAGCGCUGGGCUGCACCCACCAAGCGUGUCCCAAAGCAUCCAUCCCAUCCUGGCAGCUCCUGCACUUCAUGAACACCCUCCCGUUCACGGUCAACGGCCAAACUUUCAGGUUUGAUCCAUCCCACAACACAAACCCUGGGUACAAGAUUAUAUUCUGGUCCUGGAAAAACGGCACCCUUACAUAUCUGCCUGUAGGUGACUAUGAAGAGUUCUUGUACAUCAACAAGUCCCAGAUUUGGUUUCACACUGCAGAUCAAAAGGAGCCAACCUCGGAGUGCUUCAGACACUGUAAACCAGGACAAUUCAGACGAAUUAAAGGAUUCCACCUCUGCUGCUAUGACUGUACAGAUUGUCCAGAGAACACCUUCUGGAGCACCAAAGACAGCUCCACCUGCACUCCCUGCCUCGAGCACCAGUGGUCCCCUGUCCGGAGCACGCAGUGUUACGUCCGCAGUGAGAGGUACCUCUUCUGGAAUGAGCCGCUCACCAUUGCCUUGCUAGUGCUGAUGUCCAUCAUCGCCUCCCUGACCUGUCUGACAGCAGUGCUCUUCUAUAAGAACCUGGAGACUCCCCUCGUGCAGGCUUCUGGAGGCAAACUGAACCUCUUUGCCUUGUUCGCACUCUCGCUGCUGUGUCUCAGCUCCUGCCUCUACAUCGGGAAGCCCAGUGAUGAGCUCUGUAUGAUCCAGCAGGUCAUCAGUUCCCUGUGCCUCAAUGGUUGCCUCUCUACCCUCUUCAUCAAGUCCCUCGAGAUCACCCUUGUGACCGAGUGCCCUCGCUGUGCCCCCACCUUCUUGCCAUGGGUGACCCCCAGGAGGGCCUGGCUCAUCGUCGCCUUGUGCUUCCUCACCGAGUGCGCGUUCUGUGCCUGCUACCUUCGCGUGGGCCCUGACAGCCUGGUGUCCGACUACAAGUCCCUGCCCACCGAAGUCCUGCUGGUGUGCAACACCCAGUCCUGGCUCGCCUUCACCCUCCUGCAAGGCUACAACAACUGCUUGGCCACCGUCUGCUUCCUGUGCACGUUCAUGGUGCAGACGUCUGGUAAGAAGUACAACCUGGCCAGGGGGAUCACAUUUGCCAUCCUCAUCUAUUUCAUCAUAUACAUCUUCUUCAUCGCUGUCUUUGCCACAUUGAAGACCGUCCUCAGGUCCGUUAGUCAGAUUGGUGGCAUCUUGGCAACCAGUCUGAGUAUUUUGGGGACCUACUACCUCCCGAAAUGCUACAUCAUUCUGUUUAUGCCUGACCUGAACACGACGGAGCACUUCCAGAUUUCUGUUAAAGAAGAGCCAGAGGACAACUCCCAAUGAACAGCCAAUAAACCAGAUCCAGUCACCAGCUCCUCGAUGGGAUCCAGGUGGUUUUUAAGGAGAUAAUUCUGUUUAUGAUGACUUUAUAAGCUACGGUGCUACACACCAUCACUGUAUUAAGCACAGCCUCGUCCAGCAGGGUGAACAUCCCGUAUGGAACACAGCCUUUCUCAGCAGCUUCCAUCAGGAACAGGAGGUUUAAAUGAAAUAGAAGAUUGAAAGGCAAAGCAAAGCUUUGAUGGCAACCACUGCUCUGCCAACCCCCGACAGCCUCAGAACUCUGCUGCAGCACAUCAGCCAAGAACCGAGAACAGAACAAGCAAGAACUUGUAUUUCUCAAGAGACGGCACAGUUUCAUUCCAAGCUGGAAAAACUGUGGCCAGGCCAGAAUCUCAGUAAAACUGAGGGUUUUUUUCAGAUAAAGGAUAUUGUAAUGGAAAUAUAAUUUCAUACUUCUCUUACAGUACGAAAUUCAG